AUGGCAACAGCCGGAGGACUGUUCGGCCAUGUUGGCGAGUUUAAUUCCGAACGAGAGACAUUCAAAUCCUAUGUGGAAAGAAUGGAAAUGUUUUUUACGGCAAACAACGUUGUAGAGACACCAGGUGAAGCUAAUCAAAUUGUCAGUGACAGGGAACGUGCCAUUUUUCUAACUGAGAUUGGACCGGAUGUAUAUUCCACAUUAAGUAAUUUAUUGGUGCCAGCGAAGCCAAAAGACACGUCUUUGACUAACAUAGUUCAAGCACUAGAGAAGCAUUUUAACCCAGCACCGUUGGAGAUUGCUGAAAGUUUUCAUUUUGGGACACGUAGUCAAAAACCUGGUGAGUCAAUUGGUGAAUAUGUAGUGGCAUUAAAAAAAACAUUCCAUUCAUUGUAUUUUUGGAAUUUUUAAAUCGAGCAUUACGAGAUCGGUUUGUAUGUGGGCUAAACAACGUCAAGAUACAGAACAAACUGUUGAACACCGAAAAUACUACGUUUGACAAAGCCUGUUAGAUUGCGAAGUCUAUGGAGAUGGCUGAAAGGAACACGCAAGAGUGUCAUCCAACUACUAGUGCCAGUGGUUUUAGUGAAGGGACGGUGAACAAAAUAGAAAGCAAGAGAAAUGAUGAGCAAGCGUGCUACAGGUGUGGCGAAAAUCAUACUGCAAAAACUUGUAAAUUUAAAACAGCAAAAUGCUUUAAAUGUACAAAAAUAGGUCAUAUAGCGUCAGUGUGUCGUAGUAAAACCAGUAAAGAGGUUAAGCCUGGUUCAAUAUCCAAACACGGACAAGCAGAUAGAGGUAACAUUCAAAACUUAUCAUUGUACGAUAGUAAUAACAAUAAUGUCAAUGGUGAUGAAUUAGGUAUUUAUUCUUAAUAUUCAGUAGGUUUAGAGAACUUUUCUAGUGAGAGAAUUAGUGUAGAACUAUCUCUUAAUGGGGGUAGUGUGCGACAUGGAGAUUGACACCGCUGCUGAUUUCUCGAUAAUGAGUAAAAGCAUUUAUGAUCAGAAGUUUAGUCAUUUUCCACUUUAUCCGUCAGCUACACCGGCGAGACACUUACAGGUAAGUGGUGAGAUGAAAUGUGAGAUUGUGUACCAACAUAAGACUUUUAGGUUGCCAAUUGUGAUAGCUAACUAUGUAGGGAAACCCACUCUAUUAGGUAAAAAUUGGCUUGCCCAGAUUAAGUUAGAUUGAGGUAGGGUUUUAAUUAUAAAAACGUCAGAGCAAAGUAAUGCCAAGGACCAACUUAAUGUGUUACUGUCAAAGUACGAAAACAUGUUUGAAGACAGCUAUGAAGGAAUGAAAGGGUUUGAAGCACAUAUCACUAUGAAAGACGGGGCAAGGCCAGUGUUUGUUAAGCCACGUAAAGUUCCUUAUGCACUGAAAGAGGCUGUAGAGGCGGAGUUAGAAAAGCCUGAGAGAAAUGGUGUGAUAAAAAAACUGAGAGGACAAAGUGGGCAAGUCCAGUAG